AAGGAAUUGUAUGUUUUAAUGCAGCGAAUAUUAGGUGCAAUUGCUUUUGUUGGUUUAGUGAGCAUAUUUGUGUUGCACACUGUUCGAAGAAACAAUUCCAAUAGAGUUAAUAAUCUACAAGCCAAGUCCAAUCGUCGAAAACGAACAACGGCAACUGCGGUGUCGUCGAAUGUGGAUAGCAAGGACAAAGGUGAUAGAGUUGAAAGUUUACCUUCUUAUGUUGCUGCACUUGCGAGAAUGUGGUGCCAGAGAGACCCAGAUGAGGAAACAAGAAAGGAAGUACAGAGUUGGAUAACAAACAAGCAACUGACCUAUGCGAAAGAGCGUCUGGAGGGUAAACUUCAUUUUGGAACUGCAGGGCUACGAGGCACUAUGGCUGCAGGAUAUGAUAGAAUAAAUGUUUUGACAGUAUUGCAAGCAACUCAGGGAGUUUUGAAAUAUUUAGAAAAGUUAUAUGGAGCUAACCAAGUCAGAAAGAGAGGUAUAUGUGUCGGAAGAGACUCGAGACACCAGUCGCAUAAAUUGGCAGUCAUCACACAAGCGGUUUUUCUUCAAAGUGGUGUUCCAGUUAACUGUUUAUCCUUGAAACCGGUACCUACUCCACUGGUAUCCUUUGCUGUUACUCAGUUGCAGUGUGUUGCUGGAAUCAUGAUCACAGCUUCUCACAACCCAAAAAAUGACAAUGGCUACAAAUUAUACUUGGAAGAUGGUUGUCAAAUCCUACCACCUCAUGACAAAUACAUCGAGGAACUUAUUCAAGAAAAUGCUGAGCCUUGGUUUGAAAAUUAUGCAGACUGGUUGAAAGGAGACAAGUUGCAAAACCAUCCCUUGUUUACAGAUAAAGUAGAAGAAAUCAUCGAAGCUUACAAUAAUAUUAUUUCUUCUGUUUGCCAUGUAAGACAAAGUAGUGACAACAAGUUUGCUCCAGCUAUUACUUAUUCUCCUCUUCAUGGAGUUGGCGCCUUAUUUUUCAAAAGAUUGUGUAAAUCGUUUGGGUUUCCUGAUUUUAUUAUGACCAAAUCUCAAGAAGAACCCAACCCUGAUUUUCCAACAGCUCCUUUUCCAAAUCCUGAAGAAGGACCGCAAGUGUUUAAGGAAGCAUUCAAGGAGGCCAGCAAUCAUGCAACAAAACUGAUACUGAUGAAUGACCCUGAUGCAGAUCGGUUUGCAGCUGCUGAAUAUAAUGGCAACGAAUGGAGAAUAUUUACUGGUAAUGAAAUAGCUUUCUUAUUGGUAUCUUGGCUAUGGGAAAACCGCUUCGAACUGAGGAAAAGAUGGAAACAAAGAAACAAUAUUUUAGAACUAGAAGAGACUGAAUUCGCUCAUCCCAAUAAUUUUGCAUGCGUUGCUAGCGCAGUUUCUUCGAAAUUUAUACAAACCAUGGCUGAGAAGGAGGGAUUUCAAUUUCGUGAAACACUGACUGGCUUUAAAUGGUUAAGUCAUGCAGCUUUAGAAUUGGAGCAGCAACAGUGCCAACUCUUGUUAGCGUAUGAAGAAGCUUUGGGCUACAUGUGUACCACACAAGUACGCGACAAGGAUGGCCUAUCCACCGCGGCUAUUUUUUGGGAAUUGGCUUGUGCCACGUAUCAAAAUGAAAUGUUAUUAGCUGAUAGGCUUAACCUUCUUUAUGAGAAAUAUGGUUACUUUUUAAGUUGUAACGGGUAUCUGUUAGCCAAGUCCUCCUUGAUUGUACCUCGUUUAUUUCAGGAUAUUCGAAAUAGUGGUUAUCCUUCAGACAUAAUGGGCUGUAAGGUGGUUUCUUACAGAGAUCUAGCUACAGGGGUGGAUACUGCCGAAGAAAACAGUCAAACUAUUCUACCUUGGAGCCCAUCAACUUGCUUUAUAACUGUACGCUUACAAACUGGCCGCCAUCCAAGUUUUCCUGAUGUUGAUGUAUUUCUAUCUAUACGCGGCAGUGGAACCGAACCAAAACUGAAGUAUUACUCUGAAAUGCGAUGCGACAAUGCCACGGAGUUGCAGAGCGAUAAUAUUUUCCUUGUAAACUUGGUCACCAACUUCAUUCAGAAUGUUCUUAAACCAGAAGAGAACGACCUGGCAUUUCCUAAAGUGGGCGAAUAAUGAAUUGCUUGUCCGUCCUUGUGGGAAAAAAAUAAAAUUCGCAGUGAGCAG